AUGUCCUUGUUACAACGACUGGCUCGUUCCUCAGUGCGCGCAUUCAGCACAACAACUGCAGCAGCCAACAACACCACCACCACAACUACCAGCAGCGCUAAAGGAUUGGCCCAAUUCUUUGAGAAUGGUGAAGCCUUGCCAAAACAAAUCUGGACUGGACGAGCAUGGAAGGCUAGUGAACUACGCUUAAAGUCGUUUGAGGACUUGCACAAGCUGUGGUAUGUUCUUCUCAAGGAACGCAACGUGCUUGCUACGCAACGUGAAGAAGCAAAACGGUUAGGUAUUACCAAGGAACUUUGGACCAAUGCAGGUCGUCUCAAGAAGUGUCAAAAGUCGAUGGCACGCAUCAAAUUUGUAUUGAACGAGCGACAAAGAGAAUACGAAAAGUUGAUGGCAUCCAAGCAAAACUCACCUUCCACCACCAACACCAACACCUCAACCACCACCACCACCACCCAAUAG